AUGGCCGCCGACGCCAUGUCCUCACGCCAACUUCUCACAGCCCUUUUCGGGUCCUUACGCAAUUCCCGCUGGACUCUGAGCCGUACACUGCGAAGCGAGAACCCCCUGGAUCUCAAUGGUGAAUUGCGGGGCACAGCCACCUUUACCGCGCUUCCCAACUCCGAUCACGACUGGCUCUACAGUGAAGAGGGCGAGAUUCCGGGAACACCUGGCAGUGGCAAUGCAUUGGCAGGACUGCGCUGGACUAAGAAAUACAUUUGGCGGACGACCGAUGCGGACAAAAUUAGCGUGUGGUUUGUGAAGGUCGCCCCGGGUCCCGACGAGGCAGACUACCUUUUCCACGACUUUGACUUUGACACCGCAUCCGAUGAAGCCGAAAGCAAGUCAGAAUUUGUGACUGCCCCUAUACCUCCCACAGUGACACCUGAUAGCGACACCACGGUGAUCGCGGCGCGUGGGAACCAUCUCUGCAUCAACGACAUGUAUCGCACUGCGUACGCGUUUCGCAUCCGCCCUGAGACGGGGGAAGUUGUGAGCUGGGCCAGUCGACAUGUGGUUCAAGGUCCGAAGAAAGACCAGGAUAUCAUCAAUCGGUACGAGAGAAGCACGUAG